AUGAAGUUAGAUAAAAGAGAAAGACACCUAAGAAUCAAGGGCAAUCAAGGUCGUACAGUAGUCAGAGAAUUAUAUUUACGCGAAGAUGUACCGUGUCAAAGUGACAGGUGUAUUGCAGGGUGUCAAAACGAUGGUAAAUUAUCAACAGAUACCACUCAUUAUAUUGUUCCUGAUUGUCAAAUAGCUAGAGAUUAUUUAGAGAUUUUAGAAACACCAGAAGUAACUGGUAUUAUAUUUACCCAGACUGCUGUAAAUAGUGUUCAACAUGAAGGAAGUAAAAGGUUAUUUACACGAUUACAGAAUUUAAUUAAAGAUGGUCGCAAAGCUUCUGUGGUGUUUCAUAAUGAAUUUCAUAAAUAUGUUUAUAUAGAACGAGAUCCUGGUGAAUCAUUGAAUCAUUGGCAGAUUAAGAGUACAUACAAAGCUUGUGAAUGGUAUUAUAAUCAUUUUGUUGGUGAUGUUCCUAUUGUGAUGUUAACUAAUGAUCAACAGGUUAUUAAGGAAUAUGAAGAUAAAACAGUUAACAUAUUUGUUUUAAAUGUUAAAGAUUAUUUGAAGGGAUUUUGGCAUAAUCUAGAUGGUAUUGUAGAUCUUUAUGAAUCUAUAACAACAGCAUUAGAUAAUAAAUCAAAAGAUUAUUCUGGAUAUUUACCAUCUGAUAUAUUAGAAACUGGUAUUAAAUCAGGAAGAUAUAUAGAAGGUCUUCUCGAAGUAAAUAGACAUAAUGCUUCAACAGAGGCUUUUGUUAGACAAUCUGGAACUAGUCAAAAAGAUGGUGAAAAAAUGGAAGAUAUAUUUGUCAGUGGUAUGGGAAGUAGAAAUAGAGCUAUACAUGGUGAUAGAGUUGUGGUAGAAAUCUUACCUAAAACACAGUGGAAAGGUCGUUCUCUAGCUAUACAACAAGAUGAUGGAGAAGGUAGGAGCAUCUGUGUUGAAAAUGAGAAAGAAGCUAGUCCAGCUAUUCCUACUGGUACCAUUGUUGGUAUUUUACAGAGAAACUGGAGAGAUUAUGUUGCAACUUUCUCUGCAGAGGAGGAGGGUUCAAGUGGAAAUAAAGGAGGAAAAGUGUUAGUUAUACCAUAUGAUUAUAGAAUACCUAAAAUACGUAUCAAUACUAGACAAAUAGACAAAUUAAAAGAUAAAAGGGUUGUUGUAAGACUGGAUUCUUGGGAAUUAGGCUCUCAGUAUCCAAAUGGCCACUUUGUAAAAAGUCUGGGAACAUUGGGUGAAUUAGAGACAGAAGUGUCUGCUAUAUUAGUAGAAAACUCAAUCCAAUCUUUACCCUUCACAGAAAAUCAGAUUAAAGAAUUACCAGUGGAUACUCAAGAUAAUCCUUGGAAAAUGGAUGAAAAAGAGAUAAAGAAACGUAGAGAUUUACGCAAUAGUCAUCUUGUAUUUAGUAUUGACCCUAAAGGUUGUGAAGAUGUUGAUGAUACAUUAAGUAUAAGGGAACUGAAGAAUGGAAAUCUAGAAUUAGGAGUCCAUAUUGCUGAUGUAACAUAUUUUGUACCACCUGGUAGUUUGACUGAUAUUGAAGCUAGAUCUAGAUCCACCACAGUCUAUUUAUCUGAUAGAAGAUAUGAUAUGAUACCACCUAUACUCAGUUCUAAUUUAUGUUCAUUAAUCAGUGGUGUAGAUAGAUAUGCUAUGAGUGCUGUUUGGGAGUUAUCAAAAGAUCUUGAAGUUUUAAAUGUAUGGUAUGGAAGAACUGUAAUUAGAUCCCAAUAUAAACUAUUUUAUGAGAUUGCUCAAAGAAUAAAUGAAGGUGCUGAAGAAGAUGAAAUUGUAGAAAAUAUACCAGAGUUACAAAAUGUAUCAUCUGCAGACCUGAAAACAAAAAUAGAUGAACUACGUUGGGCAGUGAACAAGUUAAUGUAUGUGGCUAGAAUAUUAAAAUCUAGAAGAGCUAGUGGUGGUGGUCUAGAAUUAGAUAGUAUUGAAGUGAGGGUAGAGAUGGAAGAAUCAGAUGUAGAAGGCUUAACUCCAAAAGAUCAUCUAGAAGUACAUGAAACUAUAGCAGAAUGUAUGAUAUUUGCUAAUCAUUGGGUAGCUAAGAAGAUUGUUGAACACUAUCCUAAUCAAUCAUUGUUACGGCAUCAUCCACUACCAAGACAAGAUCAGUUUGAAAUAUUGGUUAAAUGUGCUGCAUCAAAGGGAUUUGUUAUAGAUACGACAUCUAAUAAAACACUAGCUGAUUCUCUCAAUAGAUGUAUUGAUGGUGAUGACCCAGUUGUUAAUAAGUUGUUACGUCAGUUAGCUGUCUAUGCUAUGUCUACAGCUCAGUAUUUCUCUACAGGAUCUUUACCUCAUGAUCAGUUCUUUCAUUAUGGAUUAGCUUUAGAUCUCUAUACACAUUUUACCUCACCUAUUAGAAGAUAUGCAGAUAUAGUGGUACAUCGUCUGUUAUUAUCAGCCAUAGAGAAUAUAAAUUGUGAUCAUUUAGAUAGUAAUAAAGUAUUAGACGAAUUAGCUGAUCAUAUUAAUAUAAAACAUAAGGCAGCACAGAAUGCCCAGCGUGAUUCUCAGGAACUAUUCCAGUCGUUAUAUUUUAAAGAUAAAAAACCCAGUGAUGAACAGUGUAUUGUUAAUGCUGUAAUAUUCCAACUCAGAAUCAAUGGUUUCCUUGUUUAUAUACCAAGAUAUGGUAUUAAAGGACCAGUAUAUUUAAGAAAUAAAGAAGGUCAAGUAGUAUAUAUUAAUAAACAAGGUGAUAGUGAGUGGUUGAGUGGAUCUAUAAAUAAAGAUGAUCAGUCUAUUAGUGUACAAACAAUACAUGGUUCACAGACGUAUAAACUUUUUAAUCAUAUCAUUGUUCAGCUUAAUCUGCAAGCAUCUCGAGCACAUUCUGCAUCACUAAGAUAUGAUUUGUUAUCUAAUAAGCCUUUAAAAGAGGAGAGUUCCAAUGUAGAAGGUGCUAAUUCAACAAUCAAGUCUGAUAUAGUUAAGGUACUUACAUAUUUAAUUAUUUCAUAA